AACACCCACUCCUCGAGUAACCGGACCAAGGUGGCCAAGUUCAUGUGCCAUGACACCUCCACGGCCGACAAGUUCUACGCAAUGAACUUGUCGGCAAAGCAGGACGUGGAGCACCGCCGGUUAUUUGAGGAGGCGCUGUGUGGCGAGAAGGUCUCCCUGGCGAAGCCGUCCGAGGAGGGGACGGGCCGUAAGAGGGUGGCCAAGACCAAACACGUCGGCGGGAAACGCCGACGGGAGGAGUCGCCGCCCACCUCCCCGUCUUCCAGCAACUUGGAGGUGGGGGAGACGGUGACCUUCCAGGAGUCCAGGGUGUCGGCGAUCGACUCUCCCUCGAGCUUAGAGGAGUACCCCCGGACCCAGGGUUUGGCCAGCUCGCCCUCGCCUUCCCCCUCGGACGCUUCGUGGGAAAGCCGCCGUGAGUCUUCCCCGGAAGUCCGAGCUUCGGAGCAGGACGACCCCGAGCAGGAGCAGGACGACCCCGAGCAGCAGCCCGCCUCUCCCCGUUCUACGGCCCAGCAGCCCGCCUCUCCCCAACCGACGGCCCAGGAGCCCGCCACUCCCGAGCCGGCAGCCCAGGAGCCCAGGCGAGUUGCCACCAGGCGGAGGCCGGUGGUUCUCUUGUCGCCAUUGAAGAGCCCCAAAAUAAGGAAGCUCUGCUGGCUCUCUGGCCUCGCUCGUGCCACUCGGGCACGGGCGAACUUAAGAAGGGCCACCGAAGCCGCCAGCAAAAAAAGAAAGGAGCAUUGUAAAUAG